AUCUUGGAAGCAUCUGAGGUUUAAUGAGGACUUUCAAGCAUUCCAGACCGCUGCCCUGCAAUGAAGCUCUGAGUCACGGUCUUUGGGUCUAAGGUGUUGGCAACAAUGUGAGACUCCAAGACAGCCAAGCUGAUGAGCCUUCGCUGUAACCAGGAUCCCAAAAGGAGUCUGGCGUGAAGUCAGAGCAUAGAGAAAGACUUGCUUGUUAAUGGAAACAGGAAAGGAAAAAAGGAUUUCCAACAAAUUGCAACAGACUUUCCUCCAUUCUAAGGAACCCACCUUCCUUAUCAGCCAAACCAAUCUAUCUAGUGACUCGCAGUCCAGCCUUUUGCCAAAAACAGAGCAUGUCAGUCCUACUGGAAAAGUAAAGACAGAACCUCAGAAAACAAGACCUGGAACAGUGAUCCUCUCAAAACGGUCCAGUAGGAGAAUUAUGUCGGAAAGUCAGCCCAGCCCGCCUGUGAUCCCGACCCGCAGGCCUGCGUUCCGGGUAUGCUAUAUCUGUGGCCGGGAAUUUGGCUCCCAAUCCAUUGCCAUUCAUGAACCCCAGUGCUUGGAGAAGUGGCGUAUUGAAAACAGCAAGUUGCCCAAGCACCUGAGGAGGCCAGAACCCUCCAAACCACAGCCUCUCGGGGGCAGUGGGUCCUACAGUCUUCAGGCAGUGAACGAGGCAGCGUUCCAAAGUUCCCAGGCUCAGCUGCUGCCUUGUGACUCCUGUGGCCGCACAUUCUUGCCAGAUCGUCUUCUUGUUCACCAGAGAAGCUGCAAGCCGAAGGAUGAGGGGCCCAGAGCACCAAACCCCAACAGUUCUGAUGAUCUUACUGGUGCCAGGAAAGCAUCUGGUGGCAUCCCAGCCCGACCUAAGACUCUCCUCUGCUACAUUUGUGGUAGGGAAUUUGGCACUCUGUCCCUUCCUAUUCAUGAGCCCAAAUGCCUAGAAAAGUGGAAAGUAGAAAAUGACCAGCUCCCCAGGGAGCUCCGCCAACCACUCCCCCAGAAGCCUCAGCCCCCUCCAACUGGACAGUCUAACCAGGAGGGGCCGAGUCAAGCUCAGAUGGGGCCCUGUGCAAAUUGCGGCCGGACCUUUGCCCAAAACCGCCUUCUCGUACACCAGAGAAGCUGUAAAGCUCAACGCAGUGGGCCAAAAGUUCAAAAUUUGACCUUAGGCAGUAAGGGUGGCCUGAAAAAGUCCACUAAUUCCAAGCAGCAAAGGAACAUGGCAGCACCCACUGUGACUGAUAAGCCAACAAUGAUAAGGCGUCCACCAACAGUUGUCUGCUACAUUUGUGGUCGUGAAUAUGGAACAAAAUCUAUUGCCAUCCACGAGCCGCAAUGUCUGAAAAAAUGGCACAAUGAAAACAACUUGUUGCCUAUAGAGUUAAGGAGAUCAGAACCUAAGAAACCAGAAGUCAGGACCAUUACUGCCAAAGGUUUCUAUGAUCUCGAUGCCUUAAACGAAGCUGCUUGGACAAACGCCCUGAGCCAGUUGGUUCCCUGUGACAUUUGCGGGCGUACCUUCCUGCCAGACAGACUCAUUGUUCACCAACGAUCCUGUAAGCCAAAAGUCGCCAAGUAAAGCCCUUCCUCCCAGCAAAAGUGUUACAGGACUUAGAUCUUUUUGAGAGAGAUGGGGGUAUGGAGGGAAGGAGAAAAAAGAGGCGAGGAGAAGAUACAAGAAAAACUGGACUUGAUUGUCCCGAGGCUGUCUGGUAUGGGAAGCCAGCUGGGGGCUCUGGUGGCACAAACGUGACCGUGACGUGGUGGGCAAGUGCUCUGCUUUUAACGAGCAGCCGUGUGCAUGUGCACAGACACAUGGGGGCCGUGUCCCACACUCUAUUGAGCAGAAUCACAAGUGGGCUGCCCCUCAUCAGGACUGGGUUUUUUUUAUCUCGAGAAAAUUCCCAGGCCAACUGUUGCUGCUUUCCCUUCAUCCUGUCUCUCCCCUUCCCCCCAACCCCCAGCAAGAUUUUGAACUUCACAGUUAGGUCUGUUAUUAUUCCUGGAGCAGAGGUUUCAGGUGGUCAUUUCAGGCAACUCCUGGGUCUGAAGAAAAACUGGAUUCCUUCCCAUCCCUGUGCUUUCUGAAAUAAUGUACCAUUCCUUAUUUCCUCUGAUCCAGGUAAAUGUUUUUAAUUGA